AUUUUGUUAAAGCGUACAGCAACACUGAUCGUGUUCCUUUCAGUAGUUAAAGGUUGUGUUCGCGUGUAGCCGUAGGUGUGUCUUAAAGUUUUCAACGAUUUAAUUCAAUAUGAAGUUCAUCACAUUUUCCAUGAUCAUAUUCGGAGCUAUCGCCAUCAGUAAAUCAUCAAUAAUCCCCAGCAACAAAGAUAUAUAUGUUCUGGACCAACCUACAUCAAAUAUUUAUAUAUCCCUACUACCAAUAGAAAACCCAAGCAAAAAUACUGGAAAUGAACCUAAAGAAUUGAACAUUUUACGUCAAGAAAUGAAAGAGAUUAUGAAGAGGAUAUGCGGGCAAGAUGUCAAGUCGGGAAAAAUGGAAUCGGACAUGUAUACUUGUGCGAUUAAGACCGUCACUUCGUUCAUUGGAUGUAUGCAUAUGGAUACAGAUGGUUUGAAAGAUACAGUUGAUUCCGACCCUUUCAUGAAAUGCCUCAGCCAAGCAGUGAGCGUGUUCGUCAAAUGCCUUAUAUCAAAACCUGCAUUACUUGAUAAUUAUGCUCCCAAUGUAGUUAUGCAUAUGAAAUAGCUGUUUUAUGAAUAAAC